AUGAUUUCGUCAGGGGUUUGGAUUGCUCGUGGCGUAGCUGCGCGGCACCCGACGAAGCAGAAGCUCGAUGAGGCCGAGAUGGAGCGCAUAAGUGCGCUUACCGGCACGGAGCUGGGCGAGGCUGAGCGGCAGCUGGCACAGGCCCAGGCGGAGGCUGGUGGUGAUGGCUGGGAAGAUGUGGAUGAGGACGAGGAGGCGAUGGAGGAGGAUGAAACGGAUGCCCACGACCUUACGCGCUAUCGUUUGGACACGUAUGAUGAGGAACCGAGUCAGACCAUGGCGAUGGGCGCGCUAAGUGGUAUUCGUGGCGCGCAGUUUUUCCGCGAUGACAAUGACGACCCAUACAUGACGCUCAAGGACGACCCGGCCGACGAGCAGGAAGAGCGUGAGCAGCUCGAAAUACUGCCAACGGACAAUAUGAUUUUGACGGCCAAGACAGAGGACGACGUAUCGAUGAUCGAGGCGUAUGUGUACUCGUCCGAGGAUCAGAAUUUGUACGUGCAUCACGAUUUGCUUCUCCCGUCGUUCCCCCUGCAUCUCGAGUGGCUCGACUAUGCGCCGGCGCCAUACGAGGGCGAUACGCGCGGUCGUGUUGCAGGCACUAUGGGCAACUUUGUGGCGGUCGGCACGAUGGAUCCCGAGAUUGAGAUUUGGGAUAUGGAUACGAUCGAGGGCAUUUUCCCUGAUGCCGUCCUGGGCCGCAAGGACCUUACCUCGCAACUGGAUGCACCGUCUGGCACGGGCAAAAAGAAGCGGCGCGUUCCCAAGGCGCGUGUGCCGAACGAGACGCACCACGUCGAUGCGGUGUUGUCGCUUUCGUGGAAUCGGCACGCGCGGAAUCUGUUGGCAUCAGCGUCGGCAGACACGACGGUCAAGCUGUGGGAUCUGUCGCGGCCGAUGAGUGGCACAUCGUCGAGUGCGCUGCGCAGCUUCUCGGCGCACACGGACAAGGUCCAGAGCGUAGCUUGGCAGGUGGGUGCGCCUGGUGGCUCGUCGGGCACAGAGAACCCUGCCGUGCUCCUGUCCGGCAGCUAUGACAAGACGAUCCGCGUGUUUGAUGCGCGCAUGGCCGAGCAGGCUGUUGUGGCGCGUAUUGGUGCGGAUGUGGAAGCCGUCCGGUGGAAUGGAUGGAAGGAGCACUCGUUCCUGGUGGCACUCGAGUCAGGUAUCGUGCAAGGAUUUGAUGUGCGUGCACUCACGCCGAGCGGCACGGAUGCGGCCCUGUAUACGCUGGUGGCGCAUGACGGUGCGUGCACGUCCCUCGAUAUCAGUCCACAUAUUCCUGGGUGCUUACUCACAGCCGGCACGGACCGCCAAGUCAAGGUAUGGAAUGUGGACAGCGAUGGCGAUAAGCCACGGAGUAUCAGUCUCGUGUCCGCCCGCGAUCUCGGCAUUGGCAAACUCUUCACGACGAGCUUCUCGCCCAACGAUCCAUUGACGAUUGCUGCUGCCGGAUCGGGCGGCAAGCUGCAUAUCUGGGACACGCUCACCAACCCUGGUGUGCGGCGGACGUUUGGCGAUCGCUUGCGACAGCACCAUCUGUCAUGGGACGAGCGCACGGAACGACCGGCUGACAUCCAGGUCGACGACGAUGCCGAGUCGGACGAGGACGCAGCAUAG